AUGCGUACAGUAGAUCUGGAGGGCACGUUAGAAAAGGAAUAUUGGAAAUCGCGCCCAACGUCCCCGAUCCGAUCUCUUCCUACGCGGGCCGCUCAGUGGUGUGUUGAUCACCUCCGGCCGGCAUUCCUGACCGGAAUUGGUGGCCACAACAGCCACCAGAGCAGGCGUACCGCUUACCUAGACGGACUUCGAGGCUUUGCAGCCUUUCUGGUCUACUGGGGUCAUCAUGAGCUGUGGGCUCACGAUGGCAUCGGGGCUGAGAUGAUUUUUGAGAAUGCCUAUGGCUACCAGAAGAAACAUUACUUCGUUGCCUUCCCCGGCGUGCGCCUCUUCUUUUCGGGUGGUCACUUCGCCGUGAGCGUCUUUUUCGUGCUGUCAGGUUAUGUGCUGUCGGCCAAACCACUCUCGUUGAUCAGAGCUGGCGACUAUCUUCAACUAGGUGAUAACCUGGCCUCUGCCUUAUUCCGGCGCUGGUUACGACUGCAUAUCCCCGUCAUUUGCACCACCUUCGUGUAUAUGACAUAUCUACACCUGUUUCGCAUCCACGCAACUCCCGAGAUCAAAUCAACUUACGGGGAGGAGCUAUGGAAUUGGUAUGUCGAGCUGAAAAACUUCAGCUUCGUCUUUCGCACUGGUGGCGAGCCCUGGUUCACCUAUAAUUUCCAUUCGUGGUCUAUCCCCGUCGAGUUCCGCGGGUCUAUCGUCAUCUACACGGCUCUCCAGGCAUUUUCGAAAUGUCGACCCAAUGCACGACUAUUGUGCGAACUCGGAUUGAUCUUCUACUUCAUGUACAUCGCUGACGGCUGGUUCUGCGCGCUCUUCAUGUCUGGUAUGCUGCUCUGUGACCUGGAUCUCCGUGCCGCCAGGGACGAGCUUCCCGACGUGUUCAUGAUGCUGGAGCCGUUCAAAGAGGGAAUUUUUUAUGCAAUGUUGUUUAUCAGCAUGUACCUGGGUGGUGUACCAUCCCGGACUUGGGAGGAACAAUUCCUACGAGAGUCUCCGGGGUGGUACUAUCUAUCCUACCUGAAGCCCCAGGCGGUCUUUGAUUUCAAAUGGUUCUAUCUAUUCUGGGCCGCGACCUUCCUGGUGGCCUCAAUUUCGCGGAUCCACUGGCUGAAAAGCUUCUUUGAAACCCCUUUCAACCAGUAUCUUGGCCGCAUCUCGUUCGCAUUCUAUUUGGUCCACGGACCCGUCCUCUGGGUAUUGGGGGAUCGCCUUUAUGCCGCGGUGGGUUGGGUUCGGGACUCGCAUGAGACGACCUGUCCUGGGUGGAUUAAUCGCUUCCCUCUGCCCAAAGUCGGCCCACUUGGACUGGAAUUGAACUUCUUUGCUCCCCACUUUCUUUUGCUGCCGGUGACGCUUUGGCUCGCGGAGAUUGUGACCAAAUUCGUCGAUGAACCCAGCGUCCGGUUUGCACAGUGGUGCUAUCGGAAGACGCUGGCUCCCGCAAACCAAUCAUAG